UAAUUUCAUAUCAAAUUUGGUUAUGUAUUUAGAAUUUUAUAUUAUUUAUUAAUUAAAUAAUUAAUAAGCCAAAUAUAAUAUUAAGAAAAUAAAAUGGCUAAAACAAAGACAAUAAGUAAAGGAUGUCCGAAAUGUGAGCAACAGGUGCCAGUUGCUUGUAAAGCUUGUCCUUGUGGCCAUUCAUUUUUUAAUGCACGAAGAAGUUCAAUGAAAUCACCACCAAGUCCAGAAUCAGGUGUUAUGAAAACACGUAGAACAAAUAGAAUAAAAAGAAGAAUAAAUUAUUACGAUGCACUUGAGUAUGAUAAAAAAACAAAAAAAAGUGCAAAGAUUAGAAGAAGAACAGCUGAUGAAGGAGCAGUAUCAGACAAUGAUUGUUCACAAUUAAAUAAUAAUAAACAAAAACGUAAAGGUAAAUCAAAGGGUAGAUUUGGCCCAAAUGGUGCAUUAGGUGAUGAUGAAGAUGAGACUGAAGGUGUCAGUAAUUUGUCACCAGAAAAACAAUUAACAUGCUCAUUAAUACUUCAAGAAAUUAACAGCAAAAUGAGUACUGUUGCUUGGAAGCCAAUGUAAAAAAAAAAAAAAAAAUAAGAUAAUUCCUUUUAUUUUUAUUAAACUAUUAUUAAACUGUUUAAUUUAAAACAAUAUUUAUCGUGUUCAAACACUCCAGUCAUUAAGAGUCAUGAAAUUCUUUUCAAUAUUAAUUAUAAUUACAAAUAAAGUUUUUUUUUUUUUUUUAAAUUAUUAUUAUUAUUAAACUCACCUUGAACAGCAUGUUUUUUUUUCUUUAAAUAAAAAAGUAAACCGACUGUUAUUCACGUGAUUGUCUUAUACAUGUAUGUUGAUAUAAAAUUUAAAUAUUAUUAUAAAUAAUGUGGCAUACAUCUAUUGUAA